AUGAGCUGGCAUUCGCAACAGGACGAGCCACUAACGUGGCAGUACACGGCUGCCUCCAUUCUCAAGUUCGACGUGCGCAUUCUGCACGCCAUAGGCGUUUGGGCUCUGCCGGUGACGAGAGUUUAUCGAGCGUACACGGGCAUCAUCCUCGUUCUGGUCGUGGCGUACUCCGUCGAAGCCGUGAUCCACAUCAGGUUAGUGCGCUUCAAUCUCGACGAUGUCACGCUCGCCGUGUCCACGUACGCGGUGAUCGUCACCAGCGCGGGCAAACUUCUGUCCUUCCUCCACCACGAGCCCGGCUACUGGCGCCUGGUGCGGUGGCUGGACGCGCUAGUAGCCGACCAGAAGAAGUUCUGCGAGGAGCGACCUCCGCUGCAGGCGAUAUUCGACAGGGCCCAGAAGCGCGCCACUCGCUUCACGCACGCCCUGCGCAUAUACAACACUUCGCUGAUAUUGACCUGGGUGUUCAUACCGCUGAUGGCCCCGCCUGGACAGAGGCCGUUGCCAUUCCAGCAGCUCCCACUGUCGGAGACGGACGAUUUCCCGCUCUACAUCGCAUCCUAUUUGUUGCAGUCCGUCUGCAUGCUCUACAUGAGUUUGAAUUCUGGCCUGGCGCAUUGCUGA